AUGAAGGCCGUGGGUGACACAUGGAUCAAUCCAGAGCCCACUUCUUGGCUGCAGAGGCCAUUCCUGAAAGCCUCUACCAUUAAAAUGGAUGCUGGGGGUAACAAGUGGCCAAGGAGCAAAUGGGCCAACAGCGGGCUCCUGCUAGAUGGGGCUGUUGAUGACGCCACUGAGUGUGUCAGAUUCAACAACAGUGUUGGUGAAAAGAUCUCCUUUGAUAAAAAUGGAGAAUUCAUUGGCGGAUAUGAUAUAAUCAAUUGGAUCACAUUCCCAAACCAGUCCUUUCUUAGGGUCAAAGUUGGAAUGAUAGAUCCCACAGCUCCACCAGAGAAGUUCUUCAAUAUUUCUGUAAAUUCCAUCACGUGGCCAGUAGGCUUUAAUCAGGCAUUACCUCUAUCUUUGUGUAAUGAUCCUUGUGAGACAGGACACAGCAAGGCCAAGAAAGAAGGGGAGUCAUUUUGCUGCUAUGAUUGCUGGCUGUGCCCAGAAGGAAAAAUAUCAAAGGAGAAAGAUAUGGAUGACUGCUUCCCAUGUCCUGUAGAUCAAUAUCCAAAUCCUGAGAAAAAUAUGUGCAUUCUAAAACAGAUCACUUUUUUGUCCUAUGAAGAACCCUUGGGGAUCACUCUGACUGUUCUUUCCCUUUGCUUUUCUCUAAUGACAACUUUGAUCAUCACAAUAUUCAUGAAACACAAAGACACUCCCAUCGUCAAAGCCAACAACCAAAAUCUCUCUUAUACACUCCUAGUUUCCCUUCUCCUCUCUUUCCUUUGUGUCUUUCUAUUUGUUGGCAGACCGGAUAAGAUUUUGUGUCUCCUUCGACAACCAGCUUUUGGCCUCAUCUUUUCUGUAGCAAUUUCUUGUGUAUUGGCCAAAACCUUUGUUGUGGUUCUAGCAUUCAUGGCCACCAAACCUGGUUCCAGAUUGAAGAAAUGGGUGGGUGGAAGAAUGGUCAACUACAUUAUUAUUUCCUGCUCCUUUGUUCAAAUAUGUGUUUGUGCUGUGUGGCUGAUAACAUCCCCACCAUAUCCAGAUUUUGAUAUGAAGUUAAUGUCUGAAGAAGUCAUCAUGGAGUGCAAUGAAGACUCUGUUAUGUUCUGCUGUGUUUUGGGCUUUAUGGGUUUUCUUGCUCUGGUUAGCUUCUCUGCUGCUUUUCUAGCUAGGAAGUUACCUGACAGCUUCAAUGAAGCCAAAUUCAUCACCUUCAGCAUGUUGGUCUUCUGCAGUGUUUGGCUGUGCUUUAUCCCAACCUAUCUAAGCACUAGGGGAAAAUACAUGUUGGCUGUGGAGAUCUUUUCCAUGGUCUCCUCCAGUGCUGGUUUAUUGGUGUGCAUCUUUCUUCCCAAGUGUUUUAUCAUUAUGAUGAGACCUGAACUGAACAAUAAACAUCAGCUCAUGAAAAGAAAAUUUUAA